CCGAACCCGGCUCCUGGAGGAGAGGACCCGCCAGCAGCAGCACCGCCACCAGCCCCGCACCCCGCACCGCAGCACCGUCACUGCUGCCUCUCUCCUGCACGGUAACAUGGUCUGCAGGGCUCGGCUGCUGUAGCCAAGGGCCACUUAGUCAGUCACUCAGCCAGUCAGUCGGUGUGUGUGUGGAUGUGUGUGAGUGUGCAGCAGCAGCAGCAGCAGUAAGCAGACGGAGAUCUUGGUCGGUCCGGCAGGAGCACCGGAGCAUCCCUGCAUCUCUACGCGGCUGUCCUGCACACCGGCCCCGCUGAUCCGGAGCAGGGAUACCCUCCUCCUGCCCUCCACAGACACCACCUCGGCUCCAUCGGGUGUGAAAAGCGGCCUGGCUAGUGCUAUAGUCACUGUUGUUGUCAAGGAAACCAAGUGUCCUGUCCCGUUGCCAUGGGGAAACAGAACAGCAAGCUGCGGCCAGAGAUGCUGCAGGACCUCCGGGAGAAUACUGAGUUCUCUGACCACGAGCUGCAGGAGUGGUACAAGGGUUUCUUGAAGGAUUGCCCCAGUGGAACCCUAAAUGUGGAGGAAUUCAAGAAAAUCUACGCCAACUUCUUCCCCUACGGUGAUGCCUCCAAGUUCGCUGAGCACGUCUUCCGAACUUUUGACACCAACGGCGAUGGAACGAUAGACUUCCGGGAGUUCAUCAUCGCCUUGAGCGUGACAUCACGGGGCAAGCUGGAACAAAAGCUGAAGUGGGCCUUCAGCAUGUACGACCUGGACGGAAACGGGUACAUCAGCCGCGAGGAGAUGCUGGAGAUUGUACAGGCCAUCUACAAGAUGGUGUCGUCUGUGAUGAAGAUGCCAGAGGAUGAGUCCACGCCGGAGAAGAGGACAGAUAAGAUCUUCAGACAAAUGGACCUCAAUAAUGAUGGCAAAUUGUCCCUGGAGGAGUUUAUCAAAGGUGCCAAAAGCGACCCCUCCAUCGUCCGGCUACUCCAGUGCGACCCCAGCUCGGCCUCCCAGUUCUGAGCCCCCCCCCCACCACCCUGCUACGAAACCUUUCUUCCUCACCCUCUCUGUUGCUAUUGAAACAGUCACUCAAAUCAAUGCAUGAUGGUUCUCGUCUCUCAUAUCAUCUUUUUCUGUUGUGGUUGUGUGCAAAGAUGGAGAAGGAAUUUAGAGGAGGCUAAGAGGAGUCAUCUCUGUCAUUUCACCUUCAUUUUUAUAUUUGGGAAACAUGAAGGGACACGCAUACAUCUAAUGGUCGGUCGACAGUGGCGUCCGCUAACGUUCCCGAGUAUCUCUCUCUCUCUGGAAUCGGGUUUCCAGGGAGCUGGUGACAAAGUGUGGAUGUUUUUCGCAGGGUGGGGAUGGCUCAGCUUGUCCUCCAACACACAUGUAUAUCCUGUAUAUACUGUACGUCUAUGUAUAUCAUGAGAUGAAGUACAUUUGUCUUCAUGUAUGGUGCACACUUUCUGGCUUUGAAAGGCAGUAUUAUGUAGCGAAGCU